AUGUGCUGUGCGGAUCGUGUCACCGUGGUUGAAGAACACAGCCAAGAUGACCUUGCCCCCAGGGACUCAUAUUCCAAGGACGCCAUCUGUGUUGGAAAUCACUGGACGCCUGUGCUCAUUAGCAUCACACCCGACAGCUGUGGAGGGAAGUGCUGUAAGCCAGCAGAAUUGUGCAUCGCCGAAACCUGCGUCCCUCUGAAGCUCGGAGCCAACCACGACCAAUGCGGAGCCAGCAAGACGGCCUGUGGGCCCGGACAGUGGUGUAACAACGGAAACUGUCACCCGAUCGAAAUCAUCGCCAACCCCUUGACAUGCGGCAAAGGUGGAAAGUGUAAAGCCGGAGAGCUUUGUAUCAACGGUGCCUGCCUUCCCAUCGACUACGGCGACGACGCAAACAGCUGCGGAUCGGAUAAGAAAAAAUGCCCCCCUGGACAUGUAUGUCUGAAUGACGCGUGUACUCCCAUCACCAUCGGUUCCAGCGUCAGGUCUUGUUCUAAGAACGAGGAAUGUCCCUACAGCAACAAGUGUGAUAAGAACGUGUGUCAGCCCGUUAUCAUUGGCACCGAUCCUUUGUACUGCGGCCCCGAGGGAAAGGCAUGUGAGGCCGGCAGCGUUUGCGUGUCUGGCAGCUGCCUUGACUUGAAUAUCGCGGACGCCAAGGGCAAGACGUGCGACCCUGGGUCUGUGAGCGUCGGUCAAGAAUGCGUCCCCAUCCAUAUCAGCACCGACAAUUCUGCCUGCGGCACGUCCGGCAAGGCUUGUGACGCCGGUAAGGUCUGUGUCUCUGGAGUGUGCAUUGGUGGCUUUGGAGAUGCCUCUGCUGCCGUGCUGAGCUCAUGCGAGGGCUCUUCCGACCACGGUGGUAGUGGAAACAAUGAAGGUGCCCCUAGCCCUCAAAGCGAUGGAUGGCCAGCAUACGGCAAUACCGACUCUUGCACCGACUGUGACAACCGCCGUAUGACAGUCGGAUCCUGGGCCCCAGACACCCCAGCACCCCGUCCAGGUGACGGUACCUGUUACUGGCCAACAGAGGGUUCUUGCCGCAAUGGCGAGGUCUACAUGGAUGGCUUCUGCGUGGAUAUCAUCGGUGACGUGAACAACUGCUCCGGUCCAGGGCAUGCCUGCCCAGCAAACAACAUUUGCUGCAGUGGCAAUUGCUAUGUCGUUGAUGUUUUCCCGCCCCCUGACAGGUGCAGCGACAAAGUCUGCGGACCAGGGCAUGCGUGUGUUAAUGGAUCUUGCGAGCCCAUUGUUGUUUAUCGAGAUUCUUCCAAGUGCAAGAACGUUGACUGUGGCCCUGGAAGGCUCUGCAUUUCUGGAGUUUGUGUGGAUAUCAAGGGCGAUUCCAAUAACUGCCCAGCCCCCGGCCACGCUUGUGACCGCGAUAGUGUCUGCAUUCUCGGCAACUGCGUCCGCGUCAAGACUCAUGGUUCUGGGAACUGUGACGGUAAUUGCAGGAACAAUGAGGUCUGCGUCGAUGGCUGGUGUGUUCCCAUUGGAAGACCGCCUGCCCAGUGCGACCAUGGCUGUGGUGACGGUAGUGUCUGCAUCCACGGCAAGUGUAUCACCAUUGGUAACCCGAUCACCUGCAAGCUCGGAGGCAAAGACCUCGUUUCCUCCGACUACAACGGUCCAUGCCCUCCUGGCUUCAUCUGCAUUGAUGGGACUUGCAUCCCCUUUGCGUCUCCUAGCCUAUGCGAUGCCUACGGACACCAGUGUCCCGCCAACUCUGUCUGCGUUCUGGGCAACUGUAUUCCGCUCAGCAACCCUGCACAAUGCGGCUGGGAUAGCAAGCCCUGCAACCCCAGCGAGGUCUGUGUUGGAGGUUACUGCACGCGUCUUUCAGGUCCAUACUGCAAUACCAAUGGUGACUGCCCAAUCAACCACAUCUGUGACAUCGACACUCGUCUCUGUCACCCUCCCACCGUUGGCUGCGCCUCCAGCAAAGACUGUGCUCCUGGUCAUAUUUGCAACGAGAGAAAUAUCUGUGUUCUCGAAAAGUUCGGCUGCCAGUCCAACACAGACUGCGCUCCUGGCCAUAUUUGCAACGAUAGAAAAAUCUGUGUUCCCGAAAAGGUCGGCUGCCAGUCUAGCACUGACUGCGCUCCCGGUCAUAUUUGCAAUGACAGAAAAAUCUGCGUUCCCGAAAAGGUCGGCUGCCAGUCCAGCACUGACUGCGCUCCCGGUCAUAUUUGUAACGACAGGAAAAUCUGUGUUCCUGAAAAGUUCGGCUGCCAGUCCAGCACUGAUUGUGCUCCUGGUCAUAUUUGUAAUGACAGGAAAAUCUGCGUUCCCGAAAAGGUCGGCUGCCAGUCCAGCACUGACUGCGCUCCUGGUCAUAUUUGUAAUGAUAGGAAAAUCUGUAUUGCUGAAAAGUUCGGCUGCCAGUCCAACACAGACUGCCCUGCUAGGCACGUUUGCAACGACAAAAAGAUCUGCAUCCCCCAGAAGUUCGGAUGCCAAUCCAAUUCAGAUUGCUCUUCUUGGGAGGUUUGCAAUUACCAUAAUAUUUGCGUCCCUCAGACCUUCGGUUGCCAGUUCAGCACAGACUGUCCUUUUGGAGAGCGUUGCAAUGAGUGGAAUGUGUGUGUUGCCCUGUCUGCCGUCUGCCAGUCUAAUGGAGACUGCCAGAAUGGCCAGGUUUGCAAUGGGAACAAGAAUUGCGUCCCCCAGACUGUGGGCUGCACAUCAAGCACACAAUGUCCGUUUGGACAGCGCUGUAAUGACCAUGCCAUCUGCGUUGCUUCGCCUGUCCUCUGCCAGGACGAUACGGACUGCUGGGUUGGGCAAGCUUGUGGUUCCAACAAGGUGUGCGGUCCCAAGAGCUGCCAGUCAAGCACAGAAUGCUCCUUUGGACAGGGCUGCAAUGACCAGAGCAUCUGCAUUGCCCUCCCCAGAAUCUGUCAGAACGGUGAAGACUGUCCAUUUUACGAGGUUUGCAAUAGUGGCAGCAAGACAUGUGUUCCUCGAACUACCGGCUGCAUGGUUAGCACCGACUGCCCUGUCGGCGACGUUUGCAACGACUUCAAGAUUUGUGUUCCUCUGACUGUUGGCUGCCAGACAGACGUCGACUGCUCACUGGGCAAGGCCUGUAAACGCAAUAUUUGCGUCAACGCGCCUCUCCUCUGUCGCGGCAAUUCUGACUGCCCCUGGGGCUAUACUUGUGAUGGGGAAUCGCAGACUUGCAAAGCUAUCGGCCCCACGGGCUGUGAUUCCAAUACUGCCUGCCCGGCCAGCCAUGUGUGCAAUCUCUACACCCACGUUUGCGAGGCACUCAGACCAAACUGGUGCCAGAGUGACGGCGACUGCCCCAGUUACCAAAAGUGUGACAUGGCCACUCAUGUUUGCCAGACCCGCCCUGUGGGCUGUUCUGUUAACACAGAUUGCGCCCCUGGGCAAGUUUGUGAUGCUCGGCACCGAAUCUGCGUCGCCGGUCCUACGAGCUGCGAUCGUCUUGGCCAAUGCCCGACCGGCCAGUACUGCAACUCUCAGAACAUCUGCGUUGUCUCGCCUACCCUCUGCAGCAGAACCCAAGACUGUCCCUCGCGUCAGUUCUGCGAUACCAACACUCGCACUUGCCAGAAUAUUGGUCCCGUUCCAUGCGAUGUAACCGGCGACUGCCCUUCUGGACUCGUCUGCAAUACACGCUUUAACGUCUGCGAGCCAUCGAUUCCCGGCACCUGCAGAAUCGAUAAUGACUGCGCUCCUAGCCAGAAGUGCAUAAUUAAUACUUGCCAGACUGUCGCUCCCACUCGAUGCUCUGUGGAUGGUGACUGUGCUAUGGGCGAACAAUGCGAUAAGAUCCGUCAGUUCUGUGUUGGCAAACCCAUUUCUUGCAGCCUGGACACCGACUGCCCUAAGAAUGAGGUUUGCGGUUCCGGCAGCGUCUGUACCCCUAUUGUCAAAGGGUGCCAGAAGCCAACAGACUGUGAUGUUGGACAGACUUGUAACUCCGACAACAUUUGCGUGGUAUCGCCCUCUGUCUGUCAAGUCAACUCGGACUGCUAUCCUGGUGAGAUCUGCAACCCUGGGACCAGGGCCUGCCAGAACACUGGCCCGAUCCCUUGCGGAAACGACUAUGAUUGUCCGGGCAGGGACGCCUGCAAUGGCCUCUACAAGGUCUGCGAGCCAGCCAUCACUCUACCUUGCAGCGCAGAUACGGAUUGCCGCUCGGGCCAGGUCUGCAACGUCGGCGCACGCGUGUGCGUGACUCAGGCCCCUACACCUUGCACGGUUGGGACAGACUGCGGCGUGGGUUUAGUGUGUUCCUCGGCGAAUAUCUGCGUUGCCGCGCCCGUUGUAUGCUCCACGGAUACUCAGUGUCCCUCUGGCAAGAUCUGUGGUACUAAGGGCAAUUGCGAGGUUCCCCUCCCUCAAUGUCAGAUCAACAAUGAUUGCCCCAUCGGGCAGAUUUGCACCUCCUCUGAUAAGAAGUGCCAGUUCGUUGGGCAUGUGCCUUGCCGUUCGGCUGGCGACUGCCCUCAGAGUGGUACCUGCAACCCCGAUCUUCACAUCUGCGAGCCCCAGGCGGAUAUUACUUGUAUGGCGGACGGAAAUUGCCCAGCCAGCUACUCAUGUAUCAACGGGUACUGCCUGGUUCCUAGCUCGCAGACGUGCUUGAAGAAUGCCGACUGCCCCGAUAGCCAGCGUUGUAACUAUGAGUUCAACAUCUGUGUUGUUGGCUCUGCCAAGUGCACUCAGAACUCUGACUGUCCCUCCGGCGUGACCUGCGGCACAGACGGUUCGUGCAUCUUGGGACCUACCACUCCGGCCCAAUGUCAGGUCAACACAGACUGCUACCCCGGCGAGCUUUGUGACGCCACCAGCGGGAAAUGCCAGUUUAUCGGCGUCUUCGCCUGCCAAAGUGAUGAUACUGAAUGCCCUGCCCGCGCCAGUUGCGACUCGGUCAACCACGUAUGUGUGCCCCAGGAUCCAGUCGCCUGCUUAUCAACUAGCGACUGCCCGGGCGGGUUGUCCUGCGACCUUACUUCUGGUUCCUGCCUGGCCAUUUCUCCAGCUCGAUGCGUCCAGACAAGUGACUGCACCGCUGGGCAAGUCUGCAAUACCACUUUCGGCUUCUGCACUGCCCCCCCUCAGAACUGCCUGAUCAACUCCCAGUGCCCAUCUGGACAGACCUGCAGCUCCAGGGGUCUUUGCACCGUCCUGCCGCCAGACUGCCAAACCAAUGUUGACUGCCCCGCAGGACUGUAUUGCGAUGUCGAAGCCAUCGACUGCUUGUUCCGAGGUCCCCUCCCUUGCAGCAAAGACCAAGACUGCCCGGCUACUCUUGCUUGCAACAGUCUCCUCCACGUGUGCCAGCACAUUGGCACUAAGCAAUGCUAUAUUGAUGACGACUGUUUCGCCGGACAAUCGUGCAAUUUUGCCACUGGCGUUUGUGAUACUGAUGUACCCGAUCCAUGUGCUAGCGAUAGCGACUGUUCUCCUGAUCGUAGCUGCAACCUUCAGUAUCAAAUCUGCGUCGUCAAGACUGCCGUAUGCACCCAAACUUCCGACUGUAUCUCAGGUCAGAUCUGUUCCAGCGGCGCUUGUGUUGUUUCGCCAACCAUCUGCCGCAUUGACGGUGACUGUCCUUCUGGCAGCACCUGCAGCAACAAUGCCUGCAGCUCUACGACUUGUCGAUCGAACAGCGACUGUCCGGCUGGCUAUAGUUGUGGCAUAGAUGGCGUCUGCUCCAUUCCCACGGGAGGCAACUGCAGAGCCAACAGAGAUUGCCCGUCUGGACAGGUAUGUGACCAACGCAGCCUGAACUGUGUCCUUACUGGUCCUACAGCGUGCGAUCCCAACUCGACCUGUCCCAAUGGCGACAUUUGCAACACCUCUUUUAACGUCUGCGAACCUGAGUUCCCCAACGCGUGCUUGGAUGAUUCAUACUGUCCUUCUGGACAAAAGUGCACUCUGUCAACCAGUAUUUGCGAGACGAUUACGCCUGAUACCUGUGCCAGGGAUGUUGACUGCCCUGGAAACCGAGUCUGCAACACCCAGUUCCAGAUCUGUGUUGCCGGUACGGCUGAAUGCGCCCGCAAUGACCAAUGUCCCUCGGGUCAGAUUUGCAACGCCAGCGGCAGCUGUGUCGUUUCCACUCCCCUCUGCCGGGCCAACACCGAUUGCCCCCCUGGACAGAGCUGCUCAGCUGGCAGUUGCAGGUCCACCGGCCCAACCAGCUGCGACACUAUCAAGCAAUGCCCCGGAACCUACGUUUGCAACACAUUUACCCAUGUUUGUGAGCCUUCAACCUUCGGCUCAUGCAGGGUCAGCUCGGACUGCUUGUCUGGACAGUACUGUACUCCUGCAAACCAAUGUGCAACGGUCGCUCCUACUCAGUGCGUGAUAAACAGUAAUUGCGGCACUGGCCAGACGUGCGAUAUCAAGUAUGGUAUCUGCGUUGCUGCUGCCACGACCUGUACCGCCGAUACAGACUGUCCUUCCGGCGCAGGUUGCGGCACAGGCGGCACAUGCGUCAUUUCGCUACGCCUUUGCGCGAUCAACACCGACUGUCCCUCGGGCGAGAUCUGUGGCAGUUCGGGUUGCGACUCAAGUGGUCCGGUCUCUUGCAAUAUCGAUAGUGGCUGCCCCGGCAAUCAGAUUUGCAACAGGCUGUAUCACAUUUGCGAGCCCAGGACAGCCGCUCCUUGCACGGGCGACAGUGAAUGCUCGCGAGACCUACAAUGCACCAACGGUUUCUGCGCCGUGCGUCCACCUGCGAGCUGCACGUCCACGGCUGGUUGCUCCAAUGGAUUCGUCUGCGAUGCCACGUAUUCUAUCUGCGUAGCCUCACCCGCUUCUUGUCAGACGACCGCGAACUGCCCAUCAGGCAUGUCAUGCGGAACCUCAAAUGUGUGUAUCAUCGCCUCAACGAGCGAGUGCCGAGCCAACAAGGAUUGCCCGGUCGGAAGCACCUGCAACCAGGCGACAAAGUCUUGCCAGUCUGCUGGAGCAAUUGGGUGUAUUUCGGUUGCAGACUGCCCGUCCAGUACACAGUGCAACACCUCGUUCAAUGUGUGUGAGCCCGUGAUCCCUUACCGAUGCGCCGAAGACUCGGACUGCCCAGGCGGCCAGUCAUGCAACUCUGGAUCGGGAUUGUGCCAGACUACUGCUUCUGUCAGAUGCACUCAAAAUGACAACUGUGCGAACGGGCAGGUAUGUAACUCGCAGUUUGGCAUCUGUGUCGCCGCUGCGAUCGCCUGCCAAACCAGCACUGACUGUCCCUCUGGCGAGACAUGCGCUGCCAACAAGCUCUGCAGCCCCGUUGCAUGCCGGGUCAACAACGACUGUCCCAGUGGCAAUUUCUGCAACCAGAACACGAGGAGUUGCGUGUCUCCUGGGCCUACCAUCUGCAAUGGCAACGGAGACUGCCCUAGUGACAGCAACUGCAAUACCUCGCUGCAUGUUUGCCAGCCCAAGGACACUGUCACUUGCAUCUCGGCCGCUGAUUGCCCAAAUGCACAGAAUUGCAACAGUUUCUUCGGGGUGUGCCAGACCACUACACCACAGCGGUGUCAGUCCAGCACUGAAUGCUUCUCGGGGCUGACUUGCAAUCCUGAGUACAAGAUCUGUGUCGCCGCGGCUACGACCUGUACCCAGAACUCCGACUGCCCAUCAAACAACGAGUGCAGUCCAAGUGGCGCUUGUGUCGGCUCAGGAUGUCGCACCAACGCCGACUGCCCAACCGGCAACCUGUGCAACGAGCAGACCAAGGCUUGCCAGUCAAGCGGACCUAUCGGUUGCAGGUCUACUGCAGACUGCCCUAAUGCUUUCAGCUGUAGCUCGCAAUACAAUAUCUGCGUAUCGACGGAUGCAGUUUCUUGUAGUAAGGAUACAGACUGCCCAAGCGGCUCAAAUUGCAACACGGGGCAAUUCAUCUGCCAAACCACGGCUCCAGUUGCCUGCGUGUCAACUGCUUCGUGCUCAGCUGGGCAGGUUUGCGAUUCCGCCAACCAGAUCUGCGUGGCCGGACCCGUUGGCUGCACUAUUUCAACCCAAUGUCCAUCAGGCCAGACAUGCGGCUUCAACGGCCAGUGUAUCAGUUCCGGGUGCGUCGUCAACUACGACUGCCCUGCCGGAAAUACUUGCAACCAGACGACCAAGACAUGCCAAAGCAAUGGGCCUAUCGGGUGCACUUCCAGUGCGGACUGUCCUGCUCAGGAUAACUGCAACACCAACCUGCGCGUCUGCGAGCCCAAGCAGCCCGUCGCAUGCAGUUCAAACGCCCAAUGCCCAAGUGGCCAGGCUUGCACUCGGGGUACCUGCACGACUACAACGCCUACCCCGUGUACUCCGGCUUCCAAUUGCCCUGCCGGACAGACCUGCUCCGCAGCAUAUGGCAACAUUUGCGUCGCUGGACCUGUGACCUGCACAGCUGACUCUGACUGCCCAUCUCGUGAGAGGUGCGGAACAGAUGGUGUGUGCAAGGCAGCUCCCAACUGUCGAGUCAACAGCGACUGCACUGCUGGAGAUAUCUGUGAUUCUAGGACCAACACAUGCACCCCUGGUGGAACUUCCAGCUGCCAGAACAACAGCCAGUGUGGCAGUGGCCAGUUCUGUCUACUGUCGAGCAACACUUGCAUUGCUACUGGUCCUACUCUCUGCUCAUCGAACAGCGACUGCUCUGCUCCUGGCACUGCCUGCAACACCCUGUUCGGCAUCUGCUCGAGCGCUGCAACCACUCCGUGCAGCUCUCCAUCCGAUUGCCCCAGCACUCAGGUAUGCAACCCGAUCACUUCCAUGUGCGAGCCCACAGCUCCGCGCGGUUGUGGCAGUGAUAGGGACUGCCCUGUUGCCCAAACCUGCAACACCGACCGAUUCAUGUGCGUUGCGUCGGCGAGCUUCUGUCAGAGGAACGCAGACUGCAGCCCAACGCAGUCCUGCGACCUGCAAGCCAAUGCCUGCACGCAGAACUGUGAUGCAAACACUACCUGUCCAACUGGCCAACAAUGCCAGUCAGGUAGAUGCCAGAAGGUUCCAGGAUAUUGCGAUAACAACAAUCCAUGCACUACCCCGGGCCAGAACUGCGUGUCCAACCUCUGCAUAUCCAACACCUACUGCGAUGAUACUACGCCAUGCCCUGCAGGCUCGACUUGCGCCGCGAACGUCUGCCAGGUGGGAGCCGCCUGUGACGCCAACAGACCAUGCACUAUUCCGGGCCAGACUUGCAGCGCGCUGAAGGUGUGCGUGUAUCCUGACGGCUAUUGCGAUGCCAACAAGCUCUGUCUUCAAGGUCAGAAUUGUGUGUCGAAUGUCUGCAGAGAUCCCAACUACUGUGACGCGAUGAAUACAUGCACGGCACCUCAGACAUGUAUAGCGAACGUCUGUACAGAUCCCAACACCACGCCUAACAGCUGCAGCAACACAGUCCCAUGCUCUGAUCCAAGCCAGUUCUGCAACCUGAUCACAUCUACCUGCACAAACAUUGCAGGCUACUGCACUGCCUACACCGGCGCGGGCAAUACCUGCAACACGGGGUAUUACUGCGAUCUUGCCGACACCCAUGUCUGCAGGCCCAUCCCCAACUACUGUCAAUCUGACGUCGAUUGUGGACAGGGCAACUAUUGUGAUGACAACUUCUGCCGGCGUUCUGAUGGCUACUGCGGCACUUCCGGCCCCUGUCCUCUUGGCCAGGCGUGCCAGAGCGGCGGGUGUGUUCCAAUCUCAGGUUUCUGUCUCCAGGACUCUGAUUGUCUCGUAUCAGGACCGGGCAGGUACUGCAACCAGAACACAAAGCUGUGUGCUCCUGUCCCCAAGUACUGUUCCGCCAACGUUCCGUGCCCGGCCGGCCAGUCAUGUACACAAUAUGGCAUCUGCGAUUCCAACAGCAACACGCCGUUGUACUGCGAUGGUACUGCCGCUUUCCCAUGUGCCGCCGGGUAUACGUGCAACGCUGCCACCUUGCGCUGUAGAGUCCUCGUAGAUUACUGCCCACCGCCAUUUGGAGGAGCUUGUGCCGUAGGGUACACUUGCGAUACGACGACGGGCGAAUGUCAACCGAACAGUGAUUGCACCGCGGCUGGCACAUGCCCUCUUGGACAAACUUGCGGCAUAACCGCCACGAGCAAUGGACGGACCGUUUGCUCCACGAUUCCAGGCUUCUGCUCAUCGUCGGCAGACUGCCUUCCCAACCAGUUCUGCGACCCGGCAAACUACCAGUGCGCCCUCAUCUCAGGCUUCUGUAGCACUAACUCUCAGUGCUCGACCGGGCAGUUCUGCCAACUCAACGUGAACCGCUGCGAGAACAUCCAGGGAUACUGCACCCAGGCCUCGAACUGUGCCGCAGAUCAGACCUGCGACACGACCAAGAACCAGUGCGUCCCCAAUCCGCAGUACUGCACGUCCAACUUUGGCUGUCCCGCGGGCACCAAGUGCGAGGGGAACACUUGCAUCGGCACUGCCAUCACUUGCUCAGUCCGUAGCGAUUGUCCCCUCGGCCAGAUCUGUGGAACGGGUGGCAGAUGUGCCCUGCAGCAGGGCUUCUGCGUGUCCAGCACAGACUGUGGUGCCGGUAACCAGUGCUCCAGCACAAACGCCUGCGAGCCAAUCGAUGGAUACUGCAGCUCGAUCGUGUCCUGUCCCCAGAUCACCGAGGUCUGCGACUACGGACGAAACGUCUGCUACAAUCCCAACGGCGUCUGCUUCACCGAUGCCACCUGCGGUGCAAACGCCUAUUGUGCCCUGGGCGCACCCGGCUCCAGUGGCAUCUGCACGCCAAAAGGAGGAUACUGCUCCCCCACAUACUCUUGUCCGGCAGGUCAGACGUGUGUCAACGGCGUCUGCACGCUCGGCAGCGGUUACUGUGCGGCGACGAGGGACUGCCCGUCCGGCCAGUACUGCGCUGGCAACACGUGUUCCACGGCCCCCAAGUCAUGCGUCGCCAAACAAGACUGUCUUGUCAGCCAGAACUGCAAUGUCGUUUUGUCCCUAUGUACCGACAUCGCUCAGUUCUGCGUUUCGAAUGGCGACUGCACCACGGGGACCCAGGCCUGCAACCUGAGCCUGAACCAAUGCGAGUCGACCAGCGGCACAUGCGUCGUCAACACCGACUGUCCCUCAGGAUAUCGAUGUACCGCAGCUGCAUGCGUCGCCAUCCAAGGAUAUUGCAGCCGAGACUCGGACUGCAGCCCAGGAACCAGGUGCAAUCUCACCGACAACCAGUGCGACGAGAUCAUCGGUUAUUGCGGCCCUGGUGUCACCUGUCCCAACGGCCAGACGUGCGAUUUCGCCUCCAACAGAUGCACCCAAAAUACCAACUACUGCACCGCGUCGUGGCAGUGUCCCACCGGCCAGACCUGCGACACCAGCACCAACACCUGUUCAUCCAACAACCUCGGCGCGCCCUGCACCUCUGGUUCCUGCGGAUCCGGAACCUGUCUGCCGCUGGUCAACGUGUGCGCCCAGGUCACGGGACAGAACUGCUACUUCCCCCAGCCCAACUGCGUGGUCGGUAUCUGUGCUCCCCUGCUCAAUGUGUGCGCGGCCAUCUCAUAG